AUGGGGCGUUGUGCGCAUGCGCACGAGCAGUGCGGUCACUACUGCUGCUAUCCAGUCUCCGUUCUGUGGUUUGUUUGAUUUGUGUGUUUAGGAAUAAAGGCCCAGUCCUGGAGCUGGAGCAGUAAACAUGUCUGCACAGGGGGAUUGUGAUUUCCUGGUGAAACGCGCGCGCGAGCUCGUGCCCGAAGACCCGUGGGCUGCUAAAGCCUGGCUCAUCACCGCGCGCACGCUCUAUCCGGCUGACUUCAACAUACAGUAUGAGAUGUACAUGAUUGAGCGCAACGCAGAGAGGACCUCUUCAGCUGGCAGACUGCUCUAUGACAUAUUUAUUAAUUUCCCGGAGCAGCCGGGGGUGUGGCGUGAGAUCGCUAUAAUCACAGCAGCAUUGAGGAACGACACCCAGGACAAGAAUGCACAGUUCCUCAGAGGUGUGUUUGAGACUCUACCAGGCCCUGUGCAGUGUCAGAUGCUUCUAAAAGCCACUGAACAGUGUUUUAACACUCUGGAGAAAGCAGAGAUGCACCUGCUGCUGCUGAAGAGGUUCCCAGACUCUGUGGUACAGCACGGGGUGAGUUUAGGAGAGUCCCUGCUGGAGGCGGAGAACAUGCAGGACUUGGACACACCAGUCAACUGUUACAGGAAACUGUUUGUAUGCGAUGUCCUGCCGUUGAUCAUUAAUAAUAUGGAGAUGCGGCUUCCUGCCAGUCUGUUGCACAAGUACAUGCACAAAGCGGCCGAGUUUUACAUCGGCUACGUGACACGAGGCCCCAGCGCAGAUGCACAGUUACAGGGACCUCAGGAAGGGGGAGGGCUUAAGUCUCCCGGAAAGGGGCGGGGCCAGCGGGGUGUGAUUGACGGCUUGACAGAGAAGUCGUCGUUGGUGGCGGAGCCGUGGGAGAGGCUGCUGGAGAUUGUUGGGUCGGUGGGGCUGAGGUGUGAGUGGCAGGGGGAGAAGGGCACCAGGACAUACUCAGAGCUACUGCAGCGGGUGAAGGAGUUGUGCCGCUAUUUGCCUGGUCUGGAGGGCGAGACUUUCUCUCGCUGCUGCGCCCAAAUCGUCACCUGUUCCACACUAGUGCUCUUCCGCAGUGCGCACUUCUACAUCUCCUCAGUGCAGCCCUCUCUCUUUCAGGGUCAUAACUCACUAGGUUCGACUCCAUGGGUUCUGGUGGAGGAUCUUUCGAGUGUGUUUAACGACAUUGAGCCAGAGAGACCCAGUGGAAAACAUGCGCACAAAAAACGCAAACUUGCGGAUGGCCGUGAGAAAACCAUGAGUUCUGAUGAUGAGGACGCUCUGGGUAAGGGACGAGGAAGACACAUUUUGGUGAAUAGGACUGAAAUGCCGGCUUGGGCUGAGACGUUAGAGCAUUUCAGAACAGCGAGAGAGAGCUGGGAGCUCUUACACUCCCACGAGACUCUGGAAUCAGAGUUCAACAAGAUCUGCGCAGCAUGGAAGACUGAAAGCUGGCUUUGGUUCCGGAUAUUUCUCACCGAUAUGAUCAUAUAUCAGGGUCAGUACAGGAAAGCUCUGUCCAGUCUAGUGCAGCUGUCCUCUCUUCAACCCCAGCAGAGCCAGAACACACACACUUCAGCCUCUAGCCUGGAGACACACAGAGCCUUAAUCCAGCAAGCAUCAUGUCACUAUGCACUCGGGGAGUACCGGCUGGCCUGUGAGAAGCUCUUGGAGGUUGUAAGUGGUCUGGUGCCUCAAAAUCAGGAGGCAACAAAGUCCAGCGAGGAGCAGAACCGAGGAAGAAACAAAUCCAAGAAAGGCAGUGACUUGCGGCUUAUUCCCUGCACUAGCAAAGACAUUCUGCCCUUCUGUCUGCAGCUGAUGCUGGCCUGCUUCAAAUUGCGAGCGUUCGCAGAGGGCAACAGAGAUGACCUGUCUCUAGGUCAUGUGAUCGUCCUCCUGCAGCAUGAUUGGCCACAGGGAGAGACUCUCUUCCUGAAGGCGGUGGACAAAAUUUGUGACCAGGGGAGUUUUCAGUACGAGAACUUCUUCAACUACGUCACCAACAUCGACAUGUUGGAAGAGUUCGCAUACCUCCGUACGACGGAAGGUGGGCGGGUCCAACUGGAGUUAUUGCCCAAUCAGGGGAUGCUAAUUAAGAACCCCAGCCCCGCCCUGGGGGUGGAGUUAAAUACCCUGCUGCUUCCUGGGGCUCAGAAGGCUGACAGGCAUCACACUGUGACUCGUGGCAUUACCAAGGGGGUGAAAGAAGAUUUCCGGCUAGCGAUGGAGCGCCAGGUGUCUCGCUGCGGAGAAAAUCUACUCGGCGUGCUACAUCGAUUCUGCAUUAAUGAGAAAAUCAUCCUCAUCCAGUCCUUACCCUGACCUUGGACACUUAAUGGAAAAAUCCACCCUAUAUAACUUCCAUAUUAAUCUUUAUAAUUAUCACAAUCUUCAGCAAAGCAAAGCUUUCAUGCUAAUACCACUUUCAAUGCUGUUGCACUCGUCAUCUCCUAGAUCGCUAACUAACUGAGCAGAGUCUCUGCUGUAACUCCGCUCAACUGGGCCAUGUAGCUGCAUUGCAUUCUGGAACUGUCCCCACUGUAUGUACAUUGGAUUUGUCAUUAAUAUGACAAACCUGAUGUUUUUAGGAGCUCACAACAAAAUCUAUCCAUUAUUCUAUGUAUCCUAUAUACAUAUAUAAUUUGUUUCAGGGAGGAAUUUUUUUAAAUUCUGCCCUAUGCCCUAAUUCUUGCUGAAUUUGCAACAUUUGUGAGAAAAGCUUAUUUUUCAACUUGAUACUGUUUACUAUUGACUUUUGUAGCCUUUGUGAAUUGUCUAGGUUUAGAGUUGCCUAUUUUGGAUAAGUGCAGAGACCUCAAACAGGAGUGUCUUACUUUUAACGGGGUAAUGGAUUCUGGUAUAUUUCCCUGUUAAAGCUUGUGAAAUUGCAUAUUGCAAACGUUCGACUAAUUGGUUGCACUAGUUGCAUCCUGUCCUAUGAAGAACCUCUCAGUCUUCUUACGGUGUCUAUGUCCAAGUAGUUAUGUUGACAGGAAACUGCAUUGCUUGGUAAUGUCUAUGUUUGGUUAUCUAAUAAACAUGGAAAUGUUA